CAUAUGGUACUGCUGGUCUGCAUAAAUAGGACGGAGAAGCGAGGUAUGUGUUGAAGGUGAUCAUACAGCCAUCAUGAGGUCUCUGGUCUUGCUCUUGCUUGUGGGAGCUGCUUUUGCUCUGGACGAUGACAAGAUUGUCGGAGGGUAUGAGUGCAAAGCCCACUCCCAGCCCUGGCAAGUGUCUCUGAAUGUUGGCUAUCACUUCUGUGGUGGCUCUCUGGUCAACAGGGACUGGGUUGUGUCUGCUGCUCACUGCUACAAGACUCACAUCGAAGUCCGUUUGGGUGAGCACAACAUCCAGGUUACCGAGAACACUGAGCAGUUCAUCCCUUCCACCGUCGUCAUUAAAAACCCUGGCUAUGAUUCCUGGACCCUUGACAGUGACAUCAUGCUGAUCAAGCUGAGCAAGCCUGCCACCUUGAACGCAUAUGUGCAGCCCGUGGCCCUGCCCAGUGGAUGUGCUCCUGCUGGAACCAUGUGCAGAGUCUCUGGCUGGGGAAACACCAUGAGCUCCACUGCUGACCGCAACAAGCUGCAGUGUCUGGAGAUCCCCAUCCUAUCUAACGCUGACUGUCAGAACUCCUACCCUGGCAUGAUUACUGAUACCAUGUUUUGCGCUGGUUAUCUGGAGGGAGGCAAGGACUCUUGCCAGGGUGACUCUGGUGGUCCUGUGGUGUGCAAUAAUCAGCUGCAGGGUGUUGUGUCCUGGGGCUUUGGAUGUGCUGAGAAGAACCAGCCUGGUGUCUAUGCCAAGGUUUGCAAGUUCACCACCUGGCUUCAGCAGACCAUGGCCAGCAACUGAAUCUUUCACAAGGAUGCUACAUCUAUCGCACACACAGAAUGCAAACUCUUAGUUUGACAUCUGUCACCAGCCAGUUGUAAAAAAACCUAAAAAAUUAAAAACAUU